UUUUUUUUUUAUUUUGUUUUCCUUUUCUUUUUCCUAUCUUUUUUUUUUUCUUUUCCUUUAUUACUUUUAAUCUACUUUUUGGAGAUCCUUCUUGUAUUGAUUCUCUCUUGAUUGUACUUUCUUUUGUUUUCAUUGCACAAAAAGUUAUCACCAAGUUAUUCACACCAAGAUGGGAAGAAGGAAGAUCAAGAUUCAACCUAUUGAAGAUGAACGCAAUAAACAGGUGACUUUUCUUAAACGGAAACAUGGCUUAAUGAAAAAGGCGUAUGAACUCAGCGUUUUGUGCAAUUGUGAAGUGGCGUUGAUGAUAUUCAAUUCAAAUAACAAAUUGGUACAAUAUUCAAGUGAUGAUAUGGAUAAACUAUUGAUGAAGUAUACUCAGUACAACGAACCACAUGAAACUAAAAACAAUGCUGAUUUUGAAAAUGAUGGGAUCACGGAUCUUGGAUUGGACAAUGACAUUGAUAGCAAAAAGACCUCAAACAUUUCUCAACAUCAAUACCGACAUUUGACAGAAGCCAUUGUGAAACGCCAAGCAUUACAAAAAUCAUUGGUAUCAACUCCUUCAACUGAUCAAUGUCAUCAAGAGAUAAAUCCUAAAUACUCAAAGACAUUAUUUUAUAAAACACCCAAUAAUGGUAUUCCUCCUACACCAGGAUUAUUAAUAGAUGGAGAAUCAAAACAACCACUAAACACUCAAUCAUCAUCCCCAUCAUCAUCAUCAUCUUCAGUAUCUUCACCACAACAACAUCAACAAUCAUCUCGAUCUUCUUCACCUGCUCCAAAUAUUUUGACUCCUCCAACGCGACCCAUUAUCACUGAUGAACAAACUGACAAACUUACCUUUUAUGGCAAUGAACAAUUAUUAUAUUCAACACCUGCAUCUGUGUCGUUGAAUUACACAACUUCUCAGCAUCAUCUAUCCUCCACUCUUCCAGCGAUCAAUACAACUUAUGAUCCUAUGCAACAACAACAACAACGAUCUGUGAUAUCUCCUUUUGUUCCUUCUCAGACAUCAUGGAUUCCAUCAACUCAUUCCCAACAACAAUAUAAAAACUGGCCUUCCAAUCCUGGUACUCCUCAGCAAUAUCAACCGUCACCCAUAUCUGCAAGUCUACCUUCACAGUUGAUUCACAAUAUGUUGCCCAGUCCAUCAUCAUUUUAUCCUGAAUUUUAUUAUACAAACAAUACCAACUCCCCGAUGUCUUCUAAUUCUUUACCUCAUGGUACAGUGUUCCAAUGGCCAAUAGUUCCAUCACAAACAACAAUAACAUCAUCAUCAUCAGUACCAUCCGUAACAACAACAACAACAACAGCAGCAACAGAAACAGUGGAAACAACAACUGCAAUAACAUCAUCACCAUCGUCAACUCCACAAACAAUGGAACAAGGUUGUGUCAAACGAAAAGCAUCGGUUUAUUCAGAUAACAAUAAGAAAAUCAAGGUUUAGUUAGGGCUGCUUGUCUUUAUUUUUUUUUUUUUAAGUUUUUAGCCUCCCCCCUUAUUUUGUUUAUAUCAAAUUUACGUACAUAUUAUAUAUACUAAUUUUUUUUUCCUUUGUAUCAUUUCUCUCUCUCUUCAUUCUUUUACCAUCCACAUAACACAUACAUAUCUUGUUUAUUAUACAUGUAUGUAUGAUGACAAUUUCCUCCAUGUUUCUUUAUCCUUUCUAUACUUUUCCAAAAAUCGUUCUAAUAAAAAAAUAUAUAUUGUUGUUUCAUGAAAA